AUGAAACAAGAAUCGAAGUGCAAAGAUGAAGCAGAAACAAAUAAAGGUGAAGGAACAGUAUCGGCAGCUCGUGACACCAGGGUUAUAAGUAUUAGUUCCGAUGACAACGAAUGUCUGGAUGGAAAAGUGGGAUCUCAUGUGAUGGGUGUGGUGACUUCUGCUGACUCGGAGAACUCUGGUGCAACGGUGGUAACCACCGAGCCUCCCAAGUCGUCGCCAACCCAGACGAUGGAGCCGGUGAAGCCCUCUGCAGACGUACUGUCCGGCACUCAGUGGACUGCUUUAUCAGUGCCAACAGGUGGAGUUCAAUCGGCAGCACCACAGGUGCUAGACAAAGUGCCGAUUGCUGGAGCUACGCACGGCUCAGUACUGUCUCCCUACCCGAUACCUUCUGACCUUGUCCCAAGUUUCUUUUUGCCAACAAAUCCGAUUGCUAGUCAGACACCCUUAAGAUUGCCAACACAAAACACAAAAUCCAGGCUUCGUAGGGCACUUACUACGCGCAAACGUAGAGGUGCUGUACAGACUGCUGGUUUCCGAUCGGCGAUGGCAGUACCGAUAGCUGGAGCUACGUACCUCGCAGCAUUCUCUCCGUAUAGUUUCCAUACUGAUUUGUCACCGACUCCCUUUCACCAAACAAAUCUGUCCGUAAAUCCGAUGGUACUGAGUUUACCGACAUCAAGCACACAAAUGACUGGUCUUACAGGGCCCUAUUCAUACACAUUUUCGGGCUUUCAACAGAACAUUUCACCAGUGGAAACUAACGGUGUCGAACCGACAGUGACGGGGGUGGUAGGAUCAGAACCUACAGUUCAAACCACGAACAGUAUGGGAAAUUCCCUCCGCCAGGAUAAUCCUAAUUCGUCGCCACUCUCCAUUCCAAGAAGUCUGCCUAUUAACCCAACAGUGAUGUCACCUGCAUCAAGCUCACGAACCACGGUUCCUACGUCAUCAGUCGAAAUGUCGAUGCUAUCUAACCUGUCAAACUUCCAUGUUUCUGUGACAGCACAAAGUACCCCAAAGACAACUGAAAAGACGGUGGUUCCUAAUGUUACAUGUAAAGGACCUGUAACCUGUACAAUAACGAGGGUUGGAGGUACGGUAACAGAGAUGAAAGGCAAAACACCGGAUGCUGGUGGUACGGGAUCAUCAAGCAUCAAACCUAAUGACAGAGAAUUUAUGCCCACAAAACUGGCCACAUUGACUUCACAGGACGUGAAGUACUUCUAUGCACCGGCGCAUAGCACUGCACUUCCGAAACCCAGGCAUGACCAGACGACAGUCCCUGGGUCAAACUGCCAACAAGCUGCUUUGAGCACGGAGGCUACUAGCGUUGGAUCGACGACGACAAAGCGAGAAGGCUCUGCGCCGAUAACUGAAGCUAGGAGCCAUUUAGCACAGUACCCCCACAAGAGCUAUGCCCAUUGUUCGUCUGUCACAACUCCAACAAAAGAUGUGUCCCUUAAUGUGACACUGGCGAUGUUCCCUACAUCAACCAUGCAAAACACAAUUACGUCUUCUGUCCAAAAUUCUAUGUUAUCUAACAUGUCACAAUUUCGUAACUCUCUAGGAGCUCAGACAAGGGUGCCAAAAAAUAUUGCAAAGACAGUACUUUCGAGAGCUACACACGAAAAGCACUUAAAUUAUUCAGUGGUUUCGAGAGCAAAGACUUCAGGUGUUGAGGGGAAACGUGUAGAGCACAGCACGGUGAGUCAAGCGUCACUGUGGCCAUCACUACAAUUCAGCGAGGUUGCUUCAGUCCAAACGAUCCAGCGAAAUUUGCCAACCUGGUGGCAGGUACCUCAAUCAUGUGCCGUAACAGGUACAAACAAAUUCGUCACACAACCUGCUGAGAUUCAGCCACUUGAUCUCUCGCGGAGUGGCACCAGACAGCAGCCAUCAUUACAGCCACCUGGUGUUCCGCCGCGGCUACAGCUGCCUCCACCUCCUGCUUCAUCACAUUAUGCCAUCCCAAGGCAUAUGCUACAGUCGGGAAUUCCUUCUUUACCUACUCCGCAAUAUUUUACACCCAGAAUACCACCACGUUUCCCAGAAAGGCCACUCCUAUUUCCACGUACUGUCGCAGCACCUCGCACUCCAAAGCGUAGGCAUCGACCUACCCGUCCUUCGGCAGGGUCUGCGGUCACACUACAGAUUUCUGCAGCUAACGUUGAUCGAACACCACCAUAUGGAAUGGUAACACAACCUAACGAUGCGCGUCAAAGUGUAAUAGUAAGGGUGCCGAGAACAGCUGCUGCCACCACAAAGUGUAACAACCAGACUGAAGUGUCACCAACAUCUAUUCCCAGUGUUUCAGUAGAUGCUCUGUCUGCGUCAUCAGCACCAGAUCCUCCCGGCACUGACCGCGGCACUCACCCAGGAGCUCACUAG